AUGGUUGUCGAUCUUUCACGCACCAUCGACCAGCAGCUCUACCUCACCACCCAGCAGUGCCUGAUCCAGAUACAAAACGGGCACGGUGAGAGCACAGCCGGGAGCCGGGGGAGAAGCCUUCUUCUCUCGGCCUUGAGCGCGCCGUCGAUACCUGCUGCCGAGGAGUCGGUGCUGGUCGAUGUGUUUGACGCUCUGGACGUGCGAGAUGACGGGGCCGGGAGAACUGACAGACGCCGUGGGCCUGGGGGAUCGUCUGGACUGGAGAGAGAGGCGCGAAGCCCGGUGGCUCGUGAGCAAUGGGAGGAAGAGGCAAGGUACUUUGAGGAUGUGGAGGGACGCAACUACUUGCAGUUGGGCAAAUCAGGUCGGCCUCUGCACUGGGCUAGGGCUACGGUCGAAGAUGGGAAGGAGACAGGGCUGAGGAGUGGAGGUUCAGGCCUGGGCACCGCAAGCGAUUCCUCGAGUGAGGAGAGUAUCAUCGCGACUCCGAUGGGACCGGUAGCAACGAGAAGCGAGAGAGAAGCGCGGAGCACAGAAGACGCUGCUGCGUCAGGACCACAAUCUAAAGCGGAUAUUACCCAUGGGCCCAAACCACCAUCAGCACUCCAAGACCACCCGCGCCCACCACCAGUGAUAGUUGCACCAGUAGAGAUGAUCAACAUACCACCCAUCUCACCACCCCCAGCAGCCACCAGCCCCAACCAAGCUCGCCCCCUCCUCCCAUCUGCCCUCCUACCACGGUCCCUCCGCCACCGCCGCGGCCCUGACAACGACGACGACAACCCCUUGCCCCAGAUCACCACCAUCACCCUCCUCACCGAGGACCUCCACGGCACAAUCGAGUUCUACGACCAAGUCUUCACGAUGUCCGCGCUCGUGCACGAGGAUGCCGUGUCAGCCACGUACGAGUUCAACGGCGGGCAGCUGCUGGUUGUACUCCUCGACGGCCACGAGGCGCGCGAGAAGAGUGCGUUUGGGCCUGGCGUGGACGUGGGUCGCGGAAAGGUAGAAGGCCUAGCAGGCACGGGCACGAGUAGGAGUAAUGGCAAGAGGGUUAUGCUGAGCGUGCUGGUGGGCAGUGUGGAUGACGUGUGGCGACGGCUUCAGGCCAAAGGGGCAAUCAGGGGGAUGGAGGGGCUUAGUAGGCCGACGAAGACGGGGCUGGGGAGAAGGGCGGUUACGUUUAUUGAUCCGGGAGGGCAUACUUGGGAGGUGUGGGAGAAGAUUGGGAGGUGA